AUGACCCAAACCGUCAUCCUCAUCACGGGUGCAAAUCGAGGUAUCCGAAAAGCUCUCGUAAUCACGUAUCUGGCCAGAACAAAUACCGCAGUUAUCGCGACAGCCCGGGAAGCAUCAUCUAAGAACACCCAGGAACUUCGUUCUCUGCCAGCAGGCCCUGAUUCACAAUUGAUCAUUGUUAUUCUCAGUCUUGACAUACCAUCCAGCAUCAGCGACACAAUUCCUCAAAUUUUAGAGCAUCAUAUUGGGCACAUCGGUCUUGUCAUCGCCAAUGCCGACAUCUGCAACCACUGGGGACCGGUAGUGGACGUAGAAGAUUCGGACUUGAUGUCCCAUUUUGAGGUGAAUGCCUUGGGUAUUUUGAGGCUGUUCAGGGCCACUACUCCAUUAUUGCUGUUGAGCAAGCAGGCCAAGUUUGUUUAUAUAUCUUCCGAAUUGGCAAUCUCGAAGGCGGCGGGGAAUUAUCUAGUUAAAAAAAUCGAUGCUGAGCACACGGAUAUCGUUGCACUUUCAAUUGAUCCUGGGUUUGUUCAAACAGACAUGGGGAAUCGUGGCGCGCAGUGCAAUGGGUUGGAACGAGCGCCGAUGACUAUUGCUGAGAGUGUCCAAAGGAUUAUCGAUCAGAUAGACGGGGCCACCAAGUCCACUAUAGCUGGUCGGUUUAUCAAAUACAGCGGUGAUCGGUUGUCGUGGUAGGUCGUAUAGUCCGGAAAUAUUUGUAAUUGAAUCAUAAUAU